GAGUGGGAGGGGGCAGGCAGGGGCUGAAGGCAAGGAUGCCUGGGUCAUUGUAGGUGAGGGCAUGGGCCUCUGAGGAGCAUUGCUGUGAAGACAGACACCUGAGAAAGGCUUGGCACGUCAUGUUCAAAUAUUUUUAAGCAACACACUCAGACCCCAGUAUACAAAGCAGCAACACAUGAAGGCAGACUCACCCACACUGGCCUCAGUCACCUCCUCCUCUGCGUCCCGGAUCUUCCUUCUGCCCAGAUCAGCUUGUUCUGAUCUUUCUCCUCCCCACCCUUGGGUCCUACUUGGUUGGGGCUCUGCCCCCGCCGCCCCCUCCUUCCCUCCACAUGGGGCCUCCUCAGGCCUCUUCCUGCCCUGUCGCUCUGUUUCAGGUGAGGGAGGAGGCAGGGUUUUCGUGGUUGCCUCUAAGCCCAGCCCCUCCUGUACCCCCGUCUUUCCCCUCACAUGGGCGGAGCCCUGGUGCUUCUCUCCCCCCACCCCUGCUCCCUUCAGGCACCAGGUUCAGAUCCCCCCCAAGAUGUCUGCAAUCUGUCCACCUCCCCCAUUCCAUGCCCUGAUAGCCAGCUCCCCACUGCACAGUUCAUCCCACCCCAGCGUCCAGGCUGAGAGAGGGUAUAGUCUGCUUAAGGCCUGGGUUUGAAUCCCAGUCCCAGCGUUGAGCUGUUUGGCCUUAAGCAGGUUACUUUCCUUCUUAGUGCCUAGGUUUCCUCAUCUGUAAAGCCAAGGUACCGCUUGUGCCCAGGCUGCUUCUUCCUAGGGCCGUUGUAUGGCAAACCGGCUCCCCGUGAGUGGUGUGGGGCACCCUAGGGGACGGAUUGAGCGGUAUUGUCUUUGUUACAGUCCUGAGGUGAGGGGAGAGGGGUGGGGACAAGGGCCCGCCCAUCUGGCCUCCGUGCCCCGUCCCCUCCGGGUCCGGGAGCCCGCCAUCUCCCCGCAGCGUCGUGCUCUCCCAGCUGCUCGCCUUAGUGUGCAGAGCCCCCCCCCCCCGAACACCGGCACCCCUCCCUCAGGUAGACUCCCCUACUAGCCCGUCCUGCUCCCCUCCCCUUAACUGAGGCCUGUGAGAUGGUGUGUGUGGAGGAGGGUUGUGCCGGUGGCCCUGACCCUCCGUUACCCGCAGAGCAUGUGCCCUCGGAGCUGUGGGAGCCCUUCUACACCGACCAGUACGCGCAGGAGCACGUGAAGCCCCCGGUGACGCGGCUGCUGCUCUCGGCCGAGCUGUACUGCCGGGCCUGGCGCCAGGCGCUGCCGCAGCUCGACACCCCCAGCCCCUCUGCGCUGCUGGCCCUGCUGGCUCGGAGGGGCACGGUGCCCGCGCUGCCCGAGCGCCCUGUGCAGGAGGCCGACCUGAGGCACCAGCCUAUCCUCAUGGGAGCCCACCUAGCUGUCAUUGAUGCCCUCAUGGUUGCCUUCGCCUUCGAGUGGACAAAGACACUGCCUGGUCCCUUGGCCCUGGCCAGCUUGGAGCACAAGCUCCUUUUCUGGGUGGACACGACCAUCCGGCGGCUGCAGGAGAAGACAGAGCAGGAAGCUGCCCAGAGAGCAUCCCCCGCGGCCCCUGCAGAUGGGGUGGCCCCAGCCCAGCCCUCGUGCCCCACACGCUGGUACUGGAAGCUGGUUCCUCACGCAAUUGCCUUCUGUUUGAAGGAGUCGGGGAGCAAACCCCCCAUGAUCCGAUAUCGCAAGGACCGGGCCGUGGCCCGACGUGCCCCCUGCUUUCCGACCGUGACCAGCCUCCAGGACCUGGCAAGUGGGGCUGCGCUGGCCGCCACAAUCCACUGCUACUGUCCCCAGCUCUUACGACUCGAGGAGGUGUGCCUCAAGGACCCCAUGUCUGUGGCGGACAGCCUGUACAACCUGCAGCUGGUGCAGGAUUUCUGUGCCUCCCGCCUUCCUCGGGGCUGCCCGCUGUCUCUUGAGGACCUGCUCUAUGUCCCACCGCCCCUCAAGAUCAACCUGAUGGUGCUGCUAGCAGAGAUGUUCAUGUGCUUUGAGGUGCUGAAACCCGACUUUGUGCAGGUCAAAGAUCUGCCUGAUGGUCAUGCCGCCUCCCCGAGGGCCACAGAGGCCUCUCCCCCUCAGAACACCAGCGGCAGCAGUUCUCCUGUCUUCAACUUCCGCCACCCACUUCUGUCACCCGGCGGCCCCCAGUCCCCACUCCGUGGAUCCACAGGCUCACUGAAGUCCUCCCCGUCCAUGUCCCACAUGGAGGCCCUCGGGAAGGCCUGGAACCGUCAGCUAAGCCGUCCCCUUUCCCAGGCUGUGUCGUUCAGCACCCCCUUUGGCCUGGACAGCGACGUGGAUGUUGUCAUGGGAGACCCUGUCCUGCUCCGCUCGGUCAGCUCAGACAGCCUGGGCCCCCCACGCUCCGUGCCAGCCCGGACCCCUGCCCAGCCAUCCCCGGAGACUGGUGACCUGCCCACCAUUGAGGAGGCCCUGCAGAUCAUCCACAGUGCCGAGCCCCGGCUGCUCCCGGAUGGGGCUGCUGACGGCAGCUUCUACCUCCACUCCCCUGAGGGGUCCUCCAAACUGCCGCUGGCUUCCCCCUACCCACCCGAGGGAUCCUCAAAACCACUGCCUGAUGGGCCCACCAAAGCAUCUGCUUACUUGCCCUACCCUGAGGGCCCCUCAAAGCCAUCUCCCUGCCUGGCGGGGGAGGUAUCAAAACCUCCAGCCCUGUCUGAGGGCUCCCCGAAAGCAGCGGCUUCGUCCCCCGCAGCCAGCAACUCUGAAGUGAAGAUGACCAGCUUUGCUGAACGCAAGAAGCAGCUAGUGAAGGCCGAGGCUGAGGCAGGGUCUCCGGCAGCCACUCCAGUGGCACCAGAGGCCCUGAGCUCGGAGAUGAGUGAGCUUGGAGCCCGACUGGAGGAGAAACGCCGGGCCAUAGAGGCUCAGAAGCGACGGAUUGAGGCCAUCUUUGCCAAGCACCGCCAGCGACUGGGCAAAAACGCUUUCCUGCAGGUGCAGCCACGGGAGGCCGGCGGGGAGGCGGAGGCUGAGCCAGGCCUGGCUCCUGGUGGGGAGCGGCCGGCGGGUGAGGGCCAGGGUGAGCCGUCCCCACGGCCGAAGGCAGUGACCUUCUCGCCUGAACUGGGCCCGGUGCCCCCCGAAGGGCUGGGGGACUAUAACCGGGCAGUCAGCAAGCUGAGUGCAGCGCUGAGCUCACUGCAACGGGACAUGCAGAGGCUCACGGACCAGCAGCAGCGGCUCCUGGCCCCACCCGAGGCCUCAGGGCCUGCUCCGCCUCCCGCUGCGUGGGUCAUCCCCGGUCCCACAUCGGGUCCCAAAGCCGCGUCCCCCAGCCCCGCCCGGCGCACCCCAGCCACCCGGCGCAGCCCCGGGCCUGGCCCCAGCCCAACACCCCGUAGCCCGAAACAUGCACGGCCAGCGGAAUUGCGGCUGGCGCCCCUGACGAGGGUGCUCACGCCUCCCCACGAUGUGGACAGCCUCCCCCACUUGCGCAAGUUCUCGCCGAGCCAGGUGCCUGUGCAGACACGCUCCUCUAUCCUCCUGGCUGAGGGGCCGCCUCCCGAGGAGCCCGCAGCCCGGCCUGGCCUCAUCGAGAUCCCGCUGGGCAGCCUGGAAGAGCCCACAGCUGAGGACGAGGGGGACGGGAGCCCCCCUGGUGCUGAGGAUUCCUUAGAAGAAGAAGCAUCUUCAGAGGGAGAGCCCAGAGCUGGGCUGGGAUUCUUCUACAAGGAUGAAGACAAGCCCGAAGACGAGAUGGCCCAGAAACGGGCUAGCCUGCUGGAGCGGCAGCAGCGGCGGGCGGAGGAGGCACGGCGGCGGAAGCAGUGGCAGGAGGCCGAGAGGGAGCAGCGGAGGGAGGAGGCGGCGAGACUGGCCCAGGAGGAGGCGGCCCCCAGCCCCCCAGCCCCUGCAGCUCCGACGGCCCCUGCAGCAACCCCAGCCCCUGCUGCCCGCACCUCGCUGCACCCCUGUCCCACCUCUUCCCCCUGCAGGGCUCCAUCUCCAUCCGGCCUCAUGUCCCCAAGCCGCCUGCCUGGUAGCCGUGACCGUGAGUGGGAGAACGGCAGCAAUGCCUCCUCCCCCGCCUCGGUGCCCGAGUACACAGGGCCACGGCUGUAUAAGGAGCCCAGCGCGAAGUCCAACAAGUUCAUCAUCCACAACGCCCUGUCGCACUGCUGCCUGGCGGGCAAGGUGAACGAGCCGCAGAAGAACCGCAUCCUUGAGGAGAUUGAGAAGAGCAAGGCCAACCACUUCCUGAUCCUCUUCCGAGACUCGAGCUGCCAAUUCCGGGCCCUCUACACGCUGUCAGGGGAGACGGAGGAGCUGUCGCGGCUGGCGGGCUAUGGCCCCCGCACAGUCACGCCCGCCAUGGUCGAGGGCAUCUACAAGUACAACUCGGACCGCAAGCGCUUCACCCAGAUCCCCGCCAAGACCAUGUCCAUGAGCGUGGACGCCUUCACCAUCCAGGGACACCUCUGGCAGAGCAAGAAGCCCACCACUCCUAAGAAGGGCGGCAGCACCCCCAAAUAGUCCCGUCCUGGGUGGUCCGCAGGCCGGGCCCCGCGUGCUCCGGCCGCCGCCCUUCUGGAGGACAGCCUAGAGGACAGUCUGUCGGUAUUCCUGGGUCCUGUCUGUCCCCGGCCUUGUCUGGGUGGGGCUGGAGUCCCCACCCCCUAACUUCCGUCCCAUCCUGCUGUGGGGGCUGAGCUGGGAGGUUCAGGGACUCAGGGCUCAGCUCAGUCCUCUGUCUGUCCUCCCCACCUUCUUGAAUAAAGUAAUUUAAAGAGA